AUGGGAGCUAAUGUCAGAGUCUGCAUAAGAACUGGUGCCACUUUCAGGGAUGUAGUCAAGAACCUGUUACAAGACAAGGCUCCAAACCAAAUGAGGAUCAUCAUUCUCUAUACAGAAUCUGCAGCUCUCACCUGUGCCAUCAUCGCCUAUCCUGAAUUGAUGGGUAAUAAAAACAAUAUGACAGAAUUCAUUCUAUUGGGACUUACACCGAAUCCAAGGAUGCAGAAGGUCAUCUUUGUUGUCUUUUUAAUCAUUUACAUCAUCACCAUGGUGGGAAAUCUGAUCAUCGUAAUAACCAGAACCACCAGGAAGACUCUGGACUCCCCCAUGGCCGAAAUUAUUCUCCUCACAGUGAUGGCCUAUGACCAUUAUGUGGCGAUAUGUAAGCCGCUGCAUUACAUGACCAUCAUGAACCGGCGUGUGUGUGGUGUGCUGGUGGUGGUAGUCUGGAUGGAAGGCCUGGUGCACGCGACCAUCCAGAUUCUCUUCAUGGUCGAUCUACCCUUCUGUGGCCCCAACAUCAUCGAUCACUUCCUUUGUGAUCUGAACCCUUUGCUGAACCUUGGUUGCACGGUCACCCACACCCUCGGCCCUUUUGUAGCCACCAACAGUGGGUUGAUCUGUCUAUUAAACUUUGUCAUGUUGAUGAUUUCCUAUGUCAUGAUCCUAUGCUCCCUGAAAACACACAGUAAAGAAGAUAGGUGCAAAGCACUCUCGACCUGCAUCUCCCACAUCACCAUCGAUGUCCUGUUCUUUGUUCCAUGUAUAUUUAUGUAUAUGUGGCCUGCCUCCACCUUCCCCAUGCAUAAUGCUAUUGCAGCAUGGCAAUCCUGGGAUCAUGAAGCACUCAGAGGCACUUGUGUGAAAGUGUUGGUCUGCUCUAGAUUCAAGUCUUCAGAAAAGAUUCAAGUCUUCCUUUAUUCCUUUAUACACCUCUCAUUCCCCCAAAAAAUCAUCUCCGGAGAAAAGCACACGAUAAGGUGCUGA